AUGGCUAGCAGCGAGGGUGUGAGUCUCCAAGGGGACCUCAUAAACGCCCCUUCGGCGGCUCUUGCAGCAUCGGGCCUGGCCCAAGGACUGUUGCGUGCGGUAUCGGCAGACAAUGUCAACCCCCUCGCCGUCACCCAGGUCCAGGCCAUCGGCGCCUGCUUCCAAUCCAAUGGAGACUGGGCCGCUAGGGCGCCCGACCUCCUUACUAGAACUCCAUCCGCCAGGCUCGACCGGCUUUCCGCCUGGAUCGGAUGGUCAAAGGGAGAUGUCCCGUCAUUCAUGAGUCAGACGGCCGGCGGACGUACGGCUUCUCUUAUCUGCCUCGCUCUCGGCAACCUAUACACGAAAGAGCGGUGCGGUAUGAUCUUGUUCGACCUCUCCCACGAUGUCCUCCCCUCCGACAUGCAAAACUCCGGAUUGACUCAGCUAGGCGAUGUCUGCAUGUGUCUGCAGAACAAGCUUGCGUGUCUUGGGUUCGGAAACCACCUCGCUGCUCAGCUUACCCGGCUGCGGGAAUGCUUCUUUGAGUCGGGCCAGCAGUACCCGCAAGACUUGGCCGACACGCCCACCGAAGAGGUAAUGCACGCAUUCUUGGUCGCUGUGCGGGACGUCCUUCGGGAGGAGAACCAAACCCUCUACUUCUCGGGGUCGCAGUGCGCGGGGACCUUGAUCGCGUUGGUCCUCGCCAUGUGUCCCGAGGAUUUACGAGUCGAAGUUAAUGGAGAGAUGAUUAUGCGUGGCCGUCGAGACUCCAUCAUAUUUUCUGUGUCAAAUGAGCCGGAUACCAAGUCGAACUUCUCAGUUGAACAAUGUCUAAAGGCCCACACAGGCGACUUUUCCCGCGAUUACAUCGUCGAGGGUCGACACGAUCUCAAUCGACAACUGAGCUUUUCCUGGGGUGGCUUCUUAUCUGCUCAGUUAGACGUCGCUUUUGCCGUACAUGGUGUGAGGCCGCACGACCUCCUAAAAUCGGCUUUAGCUACCUUGGUUGCGUCCGCGAUCAAGACGUUUCGCGGUGAGGAUUGGCUCAGCGAUCCGGCAAAACAAACAUACCAUGUUUUGAGCGGGAUUCACGAAUCGAUCUUAAACUUGGUCGGGGUGUGGAAUCGCGGUUUCUUCUCGGACGACGAACAGCCCCCAAGGGUAUGUAGCAGCUCCAGCGGCUCAACCAUCUUCGCAAAGACCCUCGAGUUUCCAGAAAUUAAAAACCCAUGGAGUAUCGAGUACAGCUUAGUAGACGGGAGGCUACAAUACGGCUCCGAUAACUUUGGGUUCAUCAUCUGCGCCUCGGUGGAGAAGGGAUCCGCUAAAAAACUCACAAGGAAAAAGGCGCCCAAAACGCUGCUGCCCAAAGAACAUCCAAUCUCGCCUUCCAGGAUUGGCGAACACUCGAGCUUCCUGAUGACGCUUCGUCCAGCUUUCGUCGAAGGCCAGCAAGCUCUCAUUCUUCGAUGUAUAGUCACUCAAUCAACUAGCAUUGUCGAGCUGAAUUUUCAAGAGCUGCACUUGGGGUUGAUGCAGCUUGCACCUGCGGACAGCUGUGAGCACAAUCUAGCCUCUUCAUUGACUCUCCCCGCCGAUACGCUCAUCAAAGCUACAUCUGUCAUCGCUCCAGUGGCAAGUGGAAAAGAUGCAAUCGGCGUAACACUUACACAACGAAACGGAGAGGCCCAGUUCCUCUGUUGCAUCUCAGCGGUCCCCCAAUUGUACCAGGGGGACUGCUGUAUUUCCUGCGCCGUAACUCAGGCCCAGGAGAAGGGCUAUUCGGUGGUAAUCGGCGGCUCGCCGAGUACAUACUUAGUCGACCUCGGAACCGGAGAAAGCGCACGUCACUUUGCUUUAGUUCACGAGUCGUUCGUGUCGUCCGUUAAUUGUCCGAGUGGCUAUGGAUGGAAUAGGUUGUUGAAGGGCUGA